UUAGGUAAUCCCUUCGGAUUGGCGACUCUGGAGGUGGAUUGCGUCUCGAGGCCAUCCCAAUCCCUCCGCAUGCAGUCGAUCGUUGGAACUAUGGGAUGGGAUUGGAGAGCCAGGGCGGGGAGUAAUGGCGGGAGAUUGGGCGAGAUUGAUGGCGGGAGGUGAUUUUUCGCGGCCAAACGGGGCUAUAAAUCCAGGUAUUGUGUGGAUUGCGAUGGCCAUGAGUUCCUCCAUUAUCGUUGCCAUCGUCGUCUGACGAUUGGGCUGAGGGCAAAGGAACGGACACCUUGAUACUAAAUCGCAUCGAGCUGGGGAUCUUCUUGGAAAUGGGAAGAUCUAGGAUAGGCAGCUGGCUGCUUUGAAUUGUGCUUUGUACAAUUGCAUUCGAAACAUAUUGAAAUUCUCCCUACAAAAUAUAGGCAUCAACCAUAUAUAUUGCCUGAUAACAAUUUGAGAACUCCAUGGAUUCUUCAGAUGAGGAUGAGAUGAAGAGGGUAAUUAUGUCUCAAAUGGUGUCAGCUUGUGUACAGGCUGUUGGGGAAUAUUGUCGCUACGACAUGUUCAAACAACCAGCGCGUCAUGGGGAUGAUGAGCAAGCGAAGUUCAUCAAUUCUAUUAUUCGGGCUAGCGAUGGAGAUUGUCUAGAUCAACUUAGAAUGAAUCGAGAUUCAUUUUUUGAACUAUGUACGCUGAUACGCGAGAAGACAAGACUCUGUGAUACUCUUAAUGUUAGUCUUGAAGAACAAGUAGUUAUUUUCCUACACACAUUAGGGCACAAUGUUCGCAACCGGGUUUUAGGUCACAGAUUUAUUCGAUCAGGAGAGACUGUCAGUCGACACUUUCACCGUGUUCUAACGGCAAUUGUAUCACUAUACCCCGAUUUAGUUAAAUUAGCUGGAACAGAGACGCCGUUGGAGAUCCAAACAAAUCUAAAUUGGUCUGCUUACUUUCAGGAUUGCCUUGGUGCAAUUGAUGGAACACACAUUCCCGCACAUGUUCUAACGGUUGACUAGGGAGUUUUCGCAAUCAUAAAGGGGUCCUCUCCCAGAAUGUCCUGGCAGCGUGUUCAUUCGAUAUGAAAUUUACAUAUGUAUUGGCCGGUUGGGAGGGUUCUGCUUCGGAUGCGAGGGUGCUACACAAUGCAAUGACUCGAUCAGAUGAUCCCUUGAUUGUCCCAAACGGUAUUGCUUAUAUGUUAAAAUAGUGUCAGUCUAAUUUAUAACUAUGAUUGCAUCCGAUUUUUCACUUAAUGGAACUAUGAUUCGAAUGUGUAGGAAAAUAUUACGUUGUCAACGCUGGAUACGCUCAUUCACCUGGUUUUAUGGCUCCAUACCGGGGCGUUCGAUAUCAAUUACAGGAGUAUCGAACC